GUCAUCGCGCUGCGCGCCAAUUUCGUAUAGUGCGGAAGGCGCAAUAACAAAACACCGGCAGCGGGUCUCGUCUUCUGUCGUUCCCUCAGUUCUGUCUCUCAGCGUGAGCCAGUUCGCUCGAACCGUCCCUCGUCAACAUGUCUCAGCAGGCGGGGUAUUCACCCAGCUUCAAACGACCCGCGGAAAUCAUGCGAAUGAGAAGGAAGAGAGCCCGGAGUGACGCCGGUGCCUGCUCCGGCCCGAGCGGCCGGGACUCCGCUGGCAGUCCGAGACAAAGCGGCUCAUCCCCGGCGUGUGUCCGGCCUUUCUCCCCGGGACCGCUGUUCAGCUCCGGAGGCGGCGGUGGGACCAAGCGCCGGAACCCGUUCGCAAACAUCGAAAACACGCACAGCCCCAGAAAGAAGUUUCUAAUUUACAACGACGACGGGGAGGCCGAGGCCAGCGACAGUCCGAAGGCGAUCAGGUGCGCGGAGAGGGAGGCGGGCGAGGACGUGUCAACAAAAAGAGUGUGUCAGGGAGUUUUAUCUUUCAGGGAAAGUCUGACCGAGGCAGAGAAGCAGCAGCAGCGAGAGAUUUCCAGCAAGAAGCGUCUCACUUUCUCCGAGGACGACUCUCUUUUUGAAGAAGAGGAGGGAGAUGUUAAAAGUACACUGUUGAAGAGUCCCCAGGCCAUCGCUCCUGCCUCCAUAGCGCCUCCCGUCUGCACAGAGUACCCGGCAGACUGGAGCCUGAAGACUCGCCUGCUCUUCACCUCCCCGCUGUCCUUGUCCUGGGCCGAGCAGCCCAAAGCCCAGGAGGAAGCGCUGGGGCUCAGCCAGCACUGCAGAGCUCAGUUUAGCACGCUGCCUCACAGUCUACAGGAUCCUAAGUCCUGCUCGGAGCUCCGCUCUGCCUUCCAGCAGAGUCUGGUCUACUGGCAGCAUCCCUCCCUGCCCUGGAUCUCUCUGUUUCCCAGGAUCAAUGCUGAGAGGAGCUUCGCAGGGAAGAGCACCCCCUGGGCUCAAGACACAUCUCUGCAACAGAGUCUCAUGAGAGAAUGGUCAGUCAGUCUGUCAUCCCUCUACAGUCUGCUGAAGGCCAGACUGUGUCCUUACUUCUACAUCUGCUCCUAUCAGUUCACAGUGUUAUUCAGGGCAGCAGGUCUCGGGGGUUCUGCUGCCAUCACCGCCUUGAUUUCCCCGACAACUCGAGGUCUCCGGGAGGCAAUGAAGGCUGAAGGUAUAGAGUUCAGUCUCCCUCUAGUGGAGGAGAUGAGGAAGAGCAAGGACCACCAGAACCCGGCAGAGCACCAGGGGAAGGAGGAAGAGCACGAUAAGAUAUCGGAGGAUUGCUCUGAGCCGAAAAAAGCCGCAGACUGUCGGGCAGGCGAUGACGGUGGAGAGGACGGAUACAACGAAGAUGAGGACAGCAGCUUCUCCUGGCUGGUGGAGAUGGGAGUCCAGGACAAGAUCAAGAAGCCAGAUAGCAUCUCCAUACAACUUCGUAAGGAGGGUCACACGGUGUCUCUGGACCAUAAACCUGAGUCUGUGGUGUGCGUAGAGGGACCGGACACUUUCACCCUCAUCAACUUCCUCAUCAACUGUAAGAGUGUGGUGGCCGCGGCGGGUUCCCAGGCAGGGCUUCCGCCGACGCUGCUGGCGCCCAUGGCUUUCAGAGGAGCUACGAUGCACACACUGAAGGCCCGCAGUGUGAACGUGAAAAGCCAGGUUGGUUCUACGUACCAGAAUAUCAGCAGCCUGGAGAUCACAGGACCUAUCCUCCCCUCCUCGCUGCACACCAUCACAACCCUUCUUCGGCCAUCGCAGAAGGGAAACUUCUCAGCUACUCUCUACACGCACGCGCCCACUGCUGUCAUGAACACCGCCAAGCAACAGUGUACCGGUGGCUCGGCGGACCUGUCCGGUUGCGGUCUCCAUCCCGCUUCCGUCCAGCAGCUGCAACCGCCCCCGAGCCUGGGCAGCACCGCUCUGACGCACCUCAACAUGAACAACUACAGCUACACCUGGAAGAACUGAAGGCGCCCGGCAUCAGCACGUCACCUGUGGGUAUCUCGUAUGUGAUUACUGCAUUCGAAGGUUGUUGGAGCCUGAGCUGCAGUGGGAAGAGUAGGGAGGUGAGACAGAAGCGAAGGAUGAUGAAAGAAAAAAAAAGAGAAGUGGAAGGAGAAAGGAGGCAACCCCCAUGGUCACCACAUGUCACCGCAGCUGCUGAAUCUGUGGUAAGAUGAGUAAAAAGUAGUUCAAUAAAAGAGAAGGGCAGAAAGAAAAAGGGAACAGUAGAAGAAAGAAGGAAGAUGAAAAAGGGGAAUAAGGAAGGGAAGACAUUUGAUUCACAUGCUGUUUUUCCUAGAUCGCACCUCGUGCAUUAUCUCUGGAAUUAUACUGUUUUUCUUUGAUACUUUACAGAACUUGAAUUAAUUGACUUCAUCUUUUUCCCCCAAAAAAGAAAAACAACAACACAAGAAUAGAUAUAUAGAUGAACUCUAUUGAUCCCGUAAUUACAUAUAAAAAAUUUCAUAUGAUAAUCUACCUUUUUGCCAUUUUAGACAAACAAAACUACACGAUUAACAUAAGAAAAAAGAACAGUGUCAAAGCUAUCCCAUGCACCUAUCCAUAUUCUUUUAUUUGUACAUAUGUUUCCUUUUCUAUCUUUAGAUUUCUACACUAUUCACAGGGCUACAUUUGUAUGUUUCUAUAUUUGUGUUCUUUCUAAAUUUCUGAUGUCUGCUGCAGUACAAUGUCAACUGUCCCAUUUCGUGGAAAUCCUUGUCUGUAGGUUUUGUGUAAACAACAAAAACAGGUGAAAGCAUCAUCUCCUUCAAAGAUGUGUUAAAAAAAUCUAGUAUCUUGUAUCCAGACUUCUCCCUAAAAGGCUGUGUGGCUCUGCGACAAUGCCACACUACUUUCACCUUUUUUCCUCUGACAGACAAACAGUCGUCAAGCACAAGAGAUUGCUUGUCAGGAAAAUGUGAACGUUGAGGUCAGCGGUGGUCGUUGUAUGAAUAAAAACACCAUUGAGGGAACAAAG